UUUUAUUUUUCUAUUAAUUGAAAAAAAAAAAAUACAUAAGAAAAGCAAAAUCCCCCGAUGGUGCAUGAGGGGAAGCUCUGAAUCUCCCAUCUCUCUAAACUGAAGCGAAGAAUAGAAGAAUAAAGCAAAUCCCAGAAGGAGUUGUUGUUGUUGUUCAUCGUUUUGGUCGGCCUUUUGCUUGUUGAUCAAGCAGCAACGUUGCUGCUUCUUCUUCUUCUUCCUGGAGAAAGAACGAACGAACGAUCCAGGGUUUCCAUGAGAUUGGUAUAGUUAAAGAGUUUUUUUCGAAUUGCUGUAUCUCUCCGCUUGAUUAUUCAUGAAGCAAAUUCGUCGAUGGCAGAGGAUUCUCUUCCUCUCAUUGCUAUCCAUAUCUGUCUUCGCUCCGCUUAUUCUCGUCUCCAAUCGUCUUAAGAGCAUCACUCCCGUUGGUCGUAGAGAAUUUAUUGAAGAUUUAUCCAGAAUUAGAUUCAGGACAGAUGACCUUAGACUUAACGCUAUUGGACAGGAGGAUGGAGAAGGCUUGAAGGGUCCAAGACUCAUUCUCUUCAAGGAUGGCGAACUUAAUUCUUUAGUAAAGGAUAAUUCGUCUGAUGAAAGUGAUGCUGGUAAUAAUCACAAAAACAGGGAAGAACAAGUAAUAGUUGCACAGAAGGUGACUGUUGGCUCUGAUGAAAAGGAUCAACUUCUACCCACAGUCAAUCAACUUGCUAAUAAAACGGAUUUCAAUCCCCCUUUUUCUAAGGGUGAGAAGAACACAAGGGUUGAGCCCGAUAGAGCAACAGAUGUGAAGACAAAGGAGAUCAGAGACAAACUUAUACAAGCUAAAGCCUACCUGAAUUUCGCUCCACCUGGAAGUAACGCUCAACUUGUGAAAGAGUUGAGAGCUCGGAUGAAAGAGUUGGAACGGUCAGUUGGUGAUGCGACAAAGGACAAAGAUUUAUCAAAGGGUGCUCUUCGCAGGGUGAAGCCCAUGGAAAAUGCGUUAUACAAGGCUAGUCGUGUCUUUAACAAUUGCCCUGCCAUUGCUACCAAACUCCGUGCCAUGAAUUAUAACUCAGAAGAACAAGUUCAGGCGCAGAAAAAUCAAGCAGCAUAUCUAAUGCAGCUUGCUGCAAGGACCACCCCAAAAGGGCUUCACUGCCUCUCAAUGCGGCUGACAUCAGAAUACUUUUCACUGGAACCUGAAAAAAGGCAGAUGCCUAACCAGCAAAAUUAUUACGACCCUAGUUUCAAUCAUUAUGUUGUCUUCUCUGACAACGUUUUGGCCUCUUCAGUCGUUGUUAACUCUACGAUAUCUUCUUCGAAGGAGCCGAAAAGAAUAGUCUUCCAUGUUGUGACCGAUUCUCUUAAUUACCCAUCAAUCUCAAUGUGGUUUCUGCUAAACAUUCAAAGUAGGGCUACUAUCCAAAUCCUAAACAUUGAUGAUAUGGAUGUUCUGCCUUCAGAUUAUGAUCAAUUGCUGAUGAAGCAAAACUCUAAUGACCCAAGAUUCAUUUCUACCCUAAAUCACGCACGAUUCUAUCUUCCGGAUAUAUUCCCGGGUUUAAACAAGAUGGUACUCUUUGACCAUGAUGUAGUAGUUCAAAGAGAUUUAAGUAGACUGUGGAGCAUUGAUAUGAAAGGAAAGGUGAUUGGAGCUGUAGAGACUUGUCUUCCAGGUGAAUCUUCAUAUCGAUCAAUGAGCACAUUUAUUAAUUUCUCAGACACAUGGGUUGCUGGGAAAUUUAGUGCUAGAGCUUGCACGUGGGCAUUCGGGAUGAAUCUAGUUGAUCUUGAAGAAUGGAGAAGAAGGAAGCUGACUUCUACAUACAUAAGAUACUUGAACCUGGGAACAAAGAGACCAUUGUGGAAAGCUGGGAGCUUACCAAUAGGCUGGUUGACUUUCUAUAGGCAAACAUUAGCGUUGGACAAGAGAUGGCAUGUGAUGGGGUUAGGUCGGGAAUCAGGAGUUAGAGAGGUUGACAUCGAAAAAGCUGCGGUUAUACACUACGAUGGGAUAAUGAAACCAUGGAUGGACAUUGGCAAAGAGAAAUACAAACGUUACUGGAACAUACACGUCCCCUACCAUCACACCUACUUGCAACAGUGCAAUCUUCACGCUUGAUACGAAAAAAAAAAAAAAAAACAGAUUCAGACAACUUAGGUUCAGUUUCAGAUUCUUUUUUGUGAAACAAGCUACUCAAGCAUGGUAUCAAAUGUGUUAUGAUUAGCUUCAUUCUUUAACUCACAUCAGUGUAAAUCUUGGUUCUUCCUCCUUUUUCAUACUUCAUUAGAGCUUUUAAUCUUA